UGCGGCAGGGAGAGCGAGAAAGCCAGCAGGAGGCCUGAGGCAGGAAGGACACUGACUGCCUGCCUGGCCUGCCGCUUGGUGCCAUCCAGCUAAAAGCUAAAGGGCUCAAAUUGUAAUCCCCGGAUGAUGAAACCAUCAUGGCUGCCAUUCGCUGAGCUGUCAAGCUCUCGACGAAAGACAAGAAACAUAAAAGCCCAUGGAUCUGGUGGAUAUUUGCACUUUUUCUGCCACUGCAAAUAAAAAGCAGAGGGCGAGGAAGAAGAACAAAGUUUGGAACAAACGACUCCGGCGAAGGAAGCGUGCAGCUCAGCUCCCAACUAUGCAACGUGAAGCUCAAAAUGGUCCAAAGAAGUUACCCGAAAAACGCGAGCAAAGGACAGAGUGGCCUUCAUCAAUGAAGCUCCACCUAAAGGCACGGCAGAAUCGAAGCUGGACAAACCAUAGUAUUGAUGCACUCAGGUUUAGGUGCAUUCAUUGCAAGGACAAUUUGAAAUAUGUUCCCAAAGACUUGGUAAAACAUUUUGAGGAAAACCACAGUGGGAAUUCACCUGUUUUUUCAUGUCAUAUGUGUCCCUUUGAUGCACAUGACUUCUCCUACCUUCGGGUUCAUCUGCUAAGCCACAAGGACACUUUUUCUAGUUGCAUUAUUUGUAACGACAACCUGAAACGCACAUGGUCUGAACUGAGUGCACAUCUCGCAAUGUGUCACUGUCAAAAUGGCAAAUAUUCAUGUGAAAAGUGUGAGGGCUUCUCUACUGGCGACGUGACUGUGUUUUUAGAGCAUGUGUGUGUGCAUCAUCUCAGCCUCCAAAGAGCAAAUGAGAUUGGACUUCCCAAGGACAAUACCCAAUUUGGGUCGAUGAUAGCUAAUCAAACCUUCUGUUGUCCCCACUGCAGCUAUGAAGUAUCUCAGAAGUGGGUGCUUACAAAACACAUUAAUGCAAACCAUGGUUGCCUUAAAGGUAACCAGAGGAAGAAAAAAAUCCAUCCCAUAGCAACAAAAUCAAACAACACCCAAAUUACACCCAGAUUAACAAGGAGUACAGUGAGGGAAAUGUGCUGGUUGACACAGGACUGCCUCUCUCUUCCAGGUAGAGAGUUCCUGGAAAAGUACUGUCAUUUGUCUGAUCCCCAAACGACACUUGAGAAGACCCAGCAGUUUUUACUGAAAUCUGUUGCAGGUGAAAAAGGGGACCGGAAAUGGACCAAGGCUCUCAAAUCUGUUCUGUCUAAUGUUCCUCAAGACAUUAACGUCCAUAGAAAGUCUGAGAAUAGUAUCUUGUCCAAUUCAGAGGAUCUCACAUUCCUCACAGUCCAGAACAAGAUAACAGUAGCUCAGAAUGGUAUAUGCUAUGCUAAAAGGCUGAAGAUGGUAGAGAAGAUGGAAAAAGAAAGUCUUACUCCAGAAAAUCCUGCUGGUGACGCUUAUGAUGUUGACCAAAAGGGAUGUCAAAUAAAUUUGAAUGAUAAUCUACAUUGCCCUGAGACUGAAACAAAACCAUGUAAUAAUUCAUUAACUUCCACCCACAAUGAACAACUUGAUUGUGUCCAGAUCAUUGAAAAUGGUGAGAACCAGGAAUUAAAGACCAACUUCAAUAUUGGGGGAAAUGUAAGCCCUGAAAAUGUGCAAUUCAAUUUGGAUGGAAUCAAUCUUUAUGGUGAGCCAGUUUUGACAUAUGAGAGCCAAGAGCAGAAAACUGCUUACAAAGACAAACCAAAGAAUAAAUCUUUGAGAAGAAGUAAAAGAAAGUGCAAAUCUAAAAAGGUGAAGAAAGUAACCUCUGAAUUAGCCUUAAAGAUUGUGUUGAAGAAAAAUCCUGUCAAAGAAAGGCAGUGGGUGUCACAAAGCCCGUUACUUACAAUAGAUGGUCUUCCAGUGGAGGACCAGUAUGGAGGACCAAAUUCUGACAGAACAGUGAAGGUCUCGAUACCGGUGACUGAUCAACAAGACCCCCAAAAAGCCAGUGCAGCAGCACGUGCACGAUCAGGCACUGAACAGCCUCGAGUUAUCACUGCAAAUCCAGCAAGCUCUGAAAAUGUUCUCCUAAAUCAGCAUGUUGUGUUAAAAAAUUUGCUAUUGCCAUUUGAAGGAAAAAAUGAUGCUAACGAAUCACUACAAUUCUUGGAUACUGUUCCUGACAAGAGCAUCCUGUCAAACAUAAAGACUGCAGCUGAGGUGUGUCCCAAUUCCUCCUCGAGUGUUAUCCCAGACUGUAGUCCGUCAGCCAUUGAUAGAGCCAGUCAAAGCAGCCACAGCGAGUCUUCCCUUCUUUACCAACCAGCUAUUAUGCAAAAAGGUGUGAUGAACUCAGGAGGAGAACAGAGAACAGAACAGAGUGCUCAUUGUGUAGAAGUGCCUUUACACUUCACCCCACAGCUUCAAACCAAUGCUGACCCACCAGUGGAGAAUGCUAUCCAAGAGGAAUCGUGGCCAGCCUUUGUCGGCUGCUGGCAGCCUGCUCCAAAAACUCUGCAAAGAACGCUGAAAUUGAUAGCAAUGUACCCCACUCAAUUGAUAAGGCAUCCAGUGAGGGACCAACCUGUUGUGGUACUCAAUCACCCGGAUGCAGACAUCCCAGAGGUAGCCAGGAUCAUGAAUGUGGUCGGUCGUUACAGAGGAGCUGUGCAGAGGGUCGUUCUGUCACAAAGGACUUUGAACGCGCUUUCAAUCGCGACCGACAGGAUCCACGGGAUAAACCAUUUUAUGGAGGCUCAGACUCAACCAAUGUGGCACGGGGAGAACUUGGUCCAGGAAAGGUUUGUUUUAAAGCUUAGGCUGAGGAGACUAAGCAGGAAAAAGUACGAGGUGGUCGGUGCAGUUUCACCCAGUAGGGGGGUUGCAAAGAAAUUCAGUUGCUGGUUUUGUGGUAGGGUCUUUGAAAAGCAGGAGGUGUGGAUGGUCCACCGCCAGAGGCAUCUAAUGGACUGGAAAGGGCCAAACUCUGAGAACUUUUAAUUGUCGCUUACACUGGAAAACAAAAUACAACACAGCUAAACAAUCAUGGAAAUGGUGACAAUCAUCUUUUCAGUCUUAAUUAACCGUUGUCGCAGGUCCUAGAUAAUCUCAGGGUACCAUUACCAACCAUAAUCUUUUGUCUUGGCCAUUUUGAGUAACUGUUUUGAAAUUUCAUUAAGUUCGUAAAGUCACAAUAAUGUGAUUCCCUUAGUUAUUCAUACCUUUUGUGUUUGUCUACGCAAUCGCUUUAUUUAAAUACACUGUCACAUUUUAGAAAACACUGUAAAUGUAUUGCCACACAGUCUUGAUUUCUAUGUUGGGGUAGGCUGUUGUUUUUUGGAAUGCGAUGCCUAGACCUACAUUAGUCAAAUAUAAAAGAAAAAAUUGUAUUUCUAAAUAAGAUGAAGAAAAAGCAAUAAGCUGUUUUAUUCAACAUUUAUUUAUGAUUCUUAUGUAUAGACUUCAUUUUUUGGGCAAUGGAAUUAUUUCUUGUAAAUAUUUUGUAAAUUCUGAAUAACAUUCAAAGGUAGUAUUAUCUGUGAUGGAUAUAUUUUCCUGCAUUCAUUUAAUGGGAGCAGAUAUUCCUGAACAAGCUACAUUUUUAUACGAAAAGUUGUUUUAUAUUUCAGCAAAUGGAAUUUGAAUGAAAUUUCACAAGGACUGGUUGUUUUUCAGCUUACUUUUGUUUGACUUGAAAAUUAUUUUAAUUUUUUUUUUUUAAACUUGCACUAAAGGAGGAUUUCUAUUUCCUUUUACCUCACCUCAAGCCGACAAUCUCAACAGGUGUCCUCCUGUGGUAAAACAUCUCCUAAAACAGCCAUGAGAUCUCAGUACAGUAUUGACAGCACAGGAACUGUAGUUUGUGUGCAUGCGCAUUUGUUUCAUUCCAGGACCCUCUCUUUAAGUCACUGUAAAUAUGAAAUUUCCGUUUGAGAAGACAUUUCUUCUACAUUGUUGAGCUUGUGGUACUGCAAGUAUAUUUUUCCAUAAAGUGCCUUAAUUUUUUUUUUUUUUUUUUUUUGUUACGCAACCAGUCUGGAUGAGCAAUAUUUGUUGAUCAGAGAAUAAAAGCAAAUUGUGUGUUCCUGGUGACACAAUUAAAGAGAUAGAAUUAAAUAUUGCUUUUGCUUUAUUUGAAGAAAUGACAACUUGUAUGUUUAAAAAAAAAUCCUGCUACAGCUACUGUUAAAGCAUUUUUGUAAGUUUGAAUAUUGAGUGAACACUGCAAAGCAUCUCAAUAAAAUAUGUUCAAAGUC